UGCUCAGUCUGAAUUAUGUCAAAGUUAGCCCUCCCAAACCUAAGCUGCCUCAUCUCCCUACUUUGUAACUCCCUAGUUAUACCCAUGAAUGCCAGUAGAGGCUGCUAUAGUUCCAUGUGUAGGAAAUGACCUAGUUCCAGGCAUACCCUACCCAGUAAUUUUCUUUAUCUUAUACUGAUUCUCCUCUCUGAACAAUGUCCUGAGUUUCUUGAGGAGACUCCUGGUCUUAGUUUCAAAUUAUUUGGAGGGUUGGCUAGGAAUUUGUGUCCCUCUAAAUAAAAGUUCUUCCCCUUCCACUUGCAUGUAACCUUUUGGUUUCCAAUAAUCCCCCUAUUGUCUCUGCAAAAAGUUUUAAGGUCUUAAACAAUGGAAGAAACUUCUGCUUUUUCUGUUUCAGAGGAGAUGAGUAUCCCAAACCAGCACUUUCUGAAUGCCCGCCCAUGUCAGACUUGAUGUGCAUGAUCACACUUAAUCUUUGUGAAUCUAUAGGAUAGUUGGUUGUUUUUUUGUUUUGUUUUGUUUUUGUUUUGAGGCAGAGUCUCACUGCACCCUCAGUAGAGUGCUGUGGCAUCACAGCUCACAGCAACCUCAAACUUUUAGGCUUAAGCAAUUCUCUUGCCUCAGUCUCCCGAGUAGCUGGGACUACAGGCACUUGCCACAGUGCUCAGCUAUUUUUUUUGUUGAAGUUGUCAUUGUUGUUUACCUGGCCUGGGCUGGGUUUGAACCUGCCAACCUCCGUGCAUGUGGCUGGUGCCUGUGACCACUGUGCUAUGAGUGCUGAGCCUCUAUAGGGUACUUUUAUUCAUUCUUUAUAGGACAGACUCAUCAUUACUAUUUUCUAUAACAUCACACAGCUUAGAGAUCUCCAAAUGUGUUUGCUAAGUCCUAGCCCUGGACUACUUUUCUCGCAGCCUAGAUACAAAAAGCUUGAGACUCAAUCAAGUCUUGGUAUUAGGCUAUAGGCAAGAUUCAGUGCUCAAUGCUGAACUAGGCAGAGGAUCCUGGAACUGGUAGGGUGCAGUGCCUGCGGAGGGUAGGAGAGUGGUUCAGUGCUUGCAUGUACUACUUGAUUGGGAUCUGAGAUUUUCAUUCUUCCUCAGACCUAUUCUGGGUGCAGUGUGGGGUUCAGUGUUUUGUUAAUCCAGAUGCACUCAUUUGGUUUGAAUGAUGGAAAUCAGUAGCUGGUACUAAAGGCUACUAGUAAAUUUGAACGCAAAGAAGAGGCUGUGCAUUAGGAAGUAAUACCUUAAGCCAAACCACAGGACAGAAAAUUGGAACAGAAUUACAUAAAUCAAGGUCAGAAAUUUCCUGUCCAACCCACAGGGUGGAGUUUGAUGCAUUCCUAUUCAUCCUAGUGAAUAUAAACCCUGACCUGAAGGAGUGGCUGGUAGGACUCUGAUUUCAGCUCUCAGCAUCCACCAUGAAUCUCAAGAUAGUCCUGAUGUUCCUGGCACUGUCCCUCAUUACCAUCUUUGCUCUGAUCAGUGUCUUGCUGACCAGCCGAGGUGGUUCCAGCCAGCCUCGCCACUGCCCCUCUGUAUCCCACAGGGCCCAGCCCUGGAUAUACCCUGGCCAGAGCCAGCUGUUCGCAGACCUGAGCCGAGAGGAGCUGACAGCUGUGAUGAGCUUUCUUACCCAGCAGCUCGGGCCAGGGCUGGUGGAUGCAGCCCAGGCCCAGCCCUCGGACAACUGUGUCUUCUCAGUGGAGCUACAGCUGCCCCCGAAGGCUGUGGCCCUGGCCCACUUGGACAGGGGGAGCCCCCCACCUGCCCGGGAGGCGCUGGUCAUCGUCAUCUUUGGUGGACAACCCCAGCCCAACGUGACUGAACUGGUGGUGGGACCACUGCCUCACCUCUCCUACAUGCGGGAUGUGACCGUGGAGCGUCAUGGAGGCCCCUUGCCCUAUCACCAACGUCCCCUGCUAAAAACUGAGUCUGCUCAAAUGUGGAGGCAUUUGAAAGAGGUGGAGCUACCCAAGGCACCCAUCUUCCUGGCUUCUGUCUUCAAUUACAACGGCUCUACUUUGGUACCUCUGCAUGCCACCCCUCGUGGCUUGCACCCAGAGGACCGAGCUACCUGGAUAGCUCUCUACCAUAACAUCUCAGGUGUUGGUAUUUUCCUUCACCCUGUGGGGCUGGAGCUACUGCUGGACCACAGUGCCCUGGACCCUGCCCGCUGGGCUGUCCAGAAGGUCUUCUAUCUGGGGCACUACUAUGCAGACUUGGGCGAGUUGGAAUGGGAGUUUAAGGCUGGCCGGCUGGAAGUGGUUAGAGUCCCUCUGCCGCCACCAAAUGGGGCUUCAUCCCUGAGGUCCCGGAUCGCCCCAGGUCCUCUUCCCCCUCUUCAGUUCUCACCCCAGGGUUCCCAGUACAGUGUGCAAGGGAACCUGGUGGUGUCUUCCCUCUGGAGGUUUACUUUUGGCCAUGGGGUGUUCAGUGGCAUUAGGAUCUUUGAUAUUCAGUUCAAGGGAGAGCGAGUGGCCUAUGAAAUCAGUGUCCAGGAGUGCCUGUCUGUCUACGGUGCUGAUUCACCCAAGACAAUGGUAACUCGCUAUUUGGAUAGUAGCUUUGGGCUUGGCCGUCACAGCCAAGGCUUGGUGAGGGGAGUGGACUGCCCCUAUCAAGCCACAAUGGUGGACAUCAAUAUAUUAGUGGGCAAAGGGGCAGUCCAACUGCUCCCAGGGGCUGUGUGUAUAUUUGAGGAGGCCGGGGGACUGCCCCUUCGAAGACACCACAAUUAUAUUGGGAGUCAUUUCUAUGGGGGGUUGGCCAGCUCAGCCCUUGUGGUCAGAUCUGUGUCAUCUGUGGGUAACUAUGACUACAUUUGGGACUUUCUGUUGCACCCAAAUGGGGCACUUGAAGGACGGGUUCAUGCCACAGGCUAUGUUAAUACAGCUUUCCUGAGCGGGGGAGAGGACAGCCUCCUCUUUGGGAACCGUGUGGGAGAGCACGUGCUGGGGGCAGUGCACACGCAUGCUUUCCACUUUAAGCUGGACCUGGAUGUGGCAGGGCUGAAAAACUGGGUGGUAGCUGAAGAUGUGGUGUUUAAACCUGUGGCAGCUCCCUGGAGCCCGGAGUACCAGCUGCAGCGCCCACAGCUGACUCGGCAGGUUCUGGAAAGGGAAGAUGUGGCAGCUUUUUCCUUGGGAAGCCCCCUUCCCCGCUACCUUCACCUGGCUAGCAACCAGACCAAUGCCUGGGGUCACCAGCGUGGGUACCGGAUCCAGAUCCACAGCCCCCUGGGCAUACACAUGCCCUUGGAAAGCAACAUGGAGAGGGCCCUCAGCUGGGGGAGAUACCAGCUUGCAGUAACCCAGAGGAAGGAGGAGGAGUCACACAGCAGCAGCAUCUAUAACCAGAAUGACAUCUGGAGACCCUCUGUGGCCUUUGCUGACUUCAUCAACAAUGAAACCCUCUUAGGAGAGGAUCUGGUGGCUUGGGUUACAGCCAGCUUCCUGCACAUUCCCCAUGCUGAGGAUGUCCCCAACACAGUGACAUUGGGGAACAGAGUUGGCUUCUUGCUCCACCCCUAUAACUUCUUUGAUGAGGACCCUUCCAUCUUUUCCCCCGGCAGUGUUUACUUUGAGAGGGGCCAAGAUGCUGGACUCUGCAGUGUCAACCCUGUGGCCUGCCUGCCACAAUUGGCAGCCUGUGUCCCAGAUUUGCCCCCUUUCUCUUAUCAAGGCUUCUAACCCUCAGCAGGAGUGGGAAUUGGAGGGGGUUAGACACGUUACCUUUCUCUUUGUUUUCACUUUUUGUUCCCUAUGUUUUGUAUUUUUUGAGACAGGGUCUUGCUCUGUCAACCAGGCUAGAGCACAGUGGCAUCAUAACUCACUGCAGCCUCAAUUCCUGGGCUCAAGCAAUCCUCCCGCCCCAGCCUCCCAAGUAGCUGGGACCAUACGGACCUGCCACACACUGGGCUAAUUUUCUUAUUUUUUGUACAGUUGGGGGUCUCACUAUGUUGCCCAGGGUGGUCUUGAACUCCUGGGCUCAAACGGUCCUCUUGAUCAGCCUUUCAGUCUCACAAAGAGGUGGGCCUGUUUCCUGUGAUUUUAUCACAUCUACACCCCAGACUCCCACCCUUUCAACAUUCCUUAGGAAGCAACCUCUUCCCACAAUAAAUUCCCACAAAUUCUUGUAUAUCACUUUGGUUAAUUAUUAUUUUCUGUUCAUUUAAAAAAUGACAAAUCUUGGGCAGCGCCUGUGGCUCAGUGAGUAGGGCGCCGGCCCCAUAUGCCGAGGGCGGAGGGUUCAAACCCACCCCCAGCCAAACUGCA